AUGUCUACCACCAUCACAAUCAGCAGCAAUAGUCCAAUUAUUAUUCGGCAUGAUGGACCAGCCAAUGGUCAUUCAGGCGCAAUCACCAAUGGAUAUGUCAAUGGUGAUAGUCAUACCGGGCUCAUUGAAUACGCCAAUAGUGUUACGACGAAUGGAAACAAUGCGCAUUUUUCUGCGGAAGCAGGACUCAAUGAUGCGCCAGAUCGUAUCAAGUUUGCUUAUUGGGUACCCAAUGUUUCCGGUGGUUUAGUGAUAUCAAAGAUUCCCCAAAAAACAAGUUGGGAUUACGAAUCAAAUGUGAGAUAUGCGCAAACUGCAGAGGAAGUAGGAUUCGAAUAUGCUCUCACUCAAAUUAGAUUCAUGGCAGGGUAUGGAGCUGAUCAUCAACACGAAUCCGUCUCUUUCUCCCAAGCACUACUCCAUAACACUAAGAAGUUGAAUGUCAUCGCUGCAUUAUUACCUGGCCCAUGGAAUCCAGCUGUCGCAGCUAAGCAAAUCGCAAGUAUCGAUCACUAUUCGAAUGGAAGGAUAUCUGUGAAUAUUGUUUCCGGGUGGUUUAAACAAGAGUUUACAAGCAUUGGGCAGUGGUGGCUUGAACACGCUGAGCGGUACAGAAGGAGCAGGGAGUUUAUCGAGUGCUUGAAAGGAAUUUGGACUUCCCCCAAAUUCUCCUACAAAGGAGACUUUUACCAAUUCCACGAUUAUCCUUUAUCGCCGAAACCUCUUGAUUUACCAGGUCGACCACAUCCAUUGAUUUUUCAAGGAGGUAAUUCAAUUGACGCUCGAGAAAAUGGAGCUCACGUAUCUGAUUAUUAUUUCAUGAAUGGCAAUACUCUAGAGGGAUUCCAAGAGCAAAUUGCUGACGUUAAAGAGCGGGCGCGGAAGCUUGGUCGAGAGGAUCAGAUACAUUUCGCAGUCAAUGGCUUUGCUAUUGUUAAAGAAACGGAGGAAGAGGCAAUACGACUCUUAUCUGAAAUUCAAGGCAAGGCUGACAAGGAAGCUGUGAAUGCAUUUGCGAAUGCAACAAAACAAGCUGGCUCUUCGACAGAAAAUAAAAAGGGCAUGUGGGCCGAUAGCAAAUUUGACGAUUUGGUGCAAUACAACGAUGGGUUUAAAACAAAAUUAAUCGGAACAGCUGAACAAGUUGCCGAUAGAAUUUUGUUGUUGAAGAGCUUAGGGAUUGAUAUUGUUUUGAUUGCUUUUUUGCAUUAUGAGGAUGAUAUUCAAAACUUUGGGGAGAAAGUUUUACCAUUAGUUCGAAAGCUGGAGAGGGAAGGAAGGGGAAAAGAUGUGGAGGAUGAAAUUCGAAGGACUGGAGAUGUUUAUCGUGCGAAACGUCUUAUCGAAGCUCUUGAGAGCCUGAAGGAACCUCGCCCUUUGGAGUUUGCGCAUAGGGAUUUCGGCUUCACUAGUCAGAUAUCUCUUGCUGUUCAAAAUUCACCACCUCAUUUCAGCGACUCGAUUUCUCCUCCCAGUAUCGAUAUGAGUUUGUGUUUUCUGAAAUAUUUAUGA